AUGCACUUCUCACCCGCAACCCUCUCCCUCCUAGCCCUCCUCCCCAUAUCCCUCGCCCUCCCAGACAACGAGGUAGAAUUGGGCUACCUCAAAUGCGUCUCCGCCGUCAUAAAAACAACCCACUUCCCCGAAUGCACCUCGAGCUACAAACUCGACUGCUUCUGCGAAGCCGCAGGUGGUGGUAGCAGAUCAACUUCCUCCAGCGGUAUCAUCGCCAGCACACCAGGAAACAGGGCGUGGGUUUACCAGCUCCCGUCUGAGACGGAGGAAAUAUGUGCUAGUUUCGGUGUCCCUCGAGACGAAAUCCCAAAAUACCUCUGCGACGACGACGCCGUCCCCGUUUCGCCGAGACGCGGGAGUACACCCAUGGGUAGGGUAGAGAAGCCUCUUCCCGAUUGUGAGGAGCGAGAGGAUGGUAUCGAGGAGUCUUCUAGCGGUGAAAUGGCGAAGAGGUCUAUUCCGCUUGAGAGGCCGAGGCUUCUCAUUCCUGAGCAUGAACCUUCUCCUACUGCUCCAGCUCCAGAGACGGAUGACGAUAUCGAUGUGGAUGAGAAGGAUGAAGAGGACGAAGAGAAGGAUCGGGAUCAGCGCGAUGGCAGAGUGCUCGAUGAGAAGAAGCACGCCGUAUAUGAGGUUGUCACUGUGACGAAGACUGAGACGCGGUGUUCGUGUGCAGAGCCCGCGACUGUUGCAGAAGAUCCAGAAUCUCAAGAGAAAACAUCCGGUGCACUUCACGGCACUCAUGUUGCAGUCCCCACGCCUGCUCCUGCCUCUGAGGAAGAUACCGAGACCGAGACCGAGACCGAGACGGAGAGGGAACGUAAGCCCGCCGGUGCCUCAUCGUCUGUCCGUGUUCCAUCUUCGCCUGCUGGCACGUCAGUUGUUCCGACAGGCGUUGAUGCGGAGCGGGAGGAGGAGCAAGACGAGCAUAAGCCUGCCGAGGAGAUGUUCCACGGCGGUGCGGUGAGUACGGCGUUCUCCAAGAGUGUCGGAGUUCUGGUUGGAGUUGUUGCGGGGUUUGUUUUGUUGUAG